GGCCGCCGCUGGACCCUGCGCGCGCGCUCGCCACCAACUUUCCCUCCAGACCCGAGGGGGCAGCGCGCUCUGCCCCGGGGCCGCGCACGUCAGUCCUCGGUGGCGCGCACGCCUGCGGGAGCCCUCUCCAAGCAACCUAGUGCUGAUCGCUCUUGCUGGUGCGGCAGUUAACUGCCGUAGCGGGAGCCCGAGGCUCAGAAGCAGCCCCCUCCCCUUCGCGGGCUUCCCCCACCCCUUUCCCGGUCGGCCUCGGGGCAUGAGCAGCGAUGGCCGGCUGCAGCCCUGAGGAGAAAACUUACCGGCGCUUCCUGGAGCUGUUCCUUGGCGAGUUUCGCGGACCGUGCGGUGGCGGCGAGCCAGAGCCGGAACCCGAACCGGAGUCCGAGCCCGAGCCCGAGCCCGAGCCCGAGCCUGAACUGGUAGCAGCCGAGACGGCCGAGGCUUCGGUCGAGGAACCCGGGGAGGAGGCGGCCACGCUAGCCGCGACGGAGGAGGGAGAGCACGGGCGAGACCCGGAGCCCGAAGAGGAGGCGGUGGAGGUGGAGGCGGUGGCGGCGGCCGAAGGCGAGGGGGAGGAGGAGGCGGCGGCGGCCCCGGGGCACUCGGCCGUGCCGCCACCGCCGCAGCCCCAGCUGCCGCCGCUGCCCCCGCUCCCGCGGCCGCUGUCGGAGCGCAUCACCCGUGAGGAGGUGGAGGGCGAGAGCCUGGACCUGUGCCUGCAGCAGCUCUACAAAUAUAACUGCCCUUCCUUUUUGGCUGCGGCUCUGGCCAGAGCGACCUCAGAUGAAGUCCUUCAGAGUGAUCUUUCUGCACAUUACAUCCCAAAGGAGACCGAGGGCACAGAAGGGACUGUGGAGAUUGAGACAGUGAAAUUGGCCCGUUCUGUCUUCAGCAAACUGCACGAGAUUUGCUGCAGCUGGGUGAAAGACUUCCCUCUCCGCAGGAGACCCCAGCUUUAUUAUGAGACAUCAAUCCAUGCCAUCAAAAACAUGCGCAGGAAAAUGGAGGACAAACAUGUCUGCAUUCCUGACUUUAAUAUGCUCUUCAACCUAGAGGACCAAGAAGAACAAGCUUACUUUGCAGUGUUUGAUGGCCAUGGGGGAGUGGACGCUGCCAUUUAUGCUUCCAUUCACUUACAUGUUAACUUAGUACGCCAGGAGAUGUUCCCCCACGAUCCUGCUGAGGCUCUGUGCCGGGCCUUCCGGGUCACUGACGAGCGCUUUGUGCAGAAGGCGGCCAGGGAGAGCUUAAGAUGUGGGACUACAGGAGUGGUGACUUUUAUCAGAGGCAACAUGCUACACGUGGCCUGGGUGGGUGAUUCCCAGGUUAUGCUUGUGAGAAAGGGCCAAGCUGUGGAACUAAUGAAACCACAUAAACCAGACAGAGAGGAUGAAAAGCAGCGAAUUGAGGCCCUUGGAGGUUGUGUAGUCUGGUUUGGUGCCUGGAGGGUCAAUGGAAGUCUGUCAGUCUCCAGAGCUAUAGGAGAUGCUGAACAUAAGCCAUAUAUCUGUGGGGAUGCAGACUCUGCCUCUACUGUCUUGGAUGGGACAGAAGACUACCUCAUUCUGGCCUGUGAUGGCUUCUAUGAUACCGUGAACCCUGAUGAGGCAGUGAAAGUUGUGUCUGACCACUUGAAAGAGAACAAUGGAGACAGCAGCAUGGUCGCCCACAAAUUAGUGGCAUCAGCUCGUGACGCUGGGUCAAGUGAUAACAUCACUGUUAUUGUGGUAUUCCUGAGGGACAUGAACAAAGCUGUAAAUGUUAGUGUGGAAUCAGAUUGGACAGAGAACUCUUUUCAAGGAGGGCAAGAAGAUGGUGGGGAUGAUAAGGAGAAUCAUGGAGAAUGCAAACGCCCUUGGCCUCAGCACCAGUGCUCAGCACCAGCCGAUCUAGGCUAUGAUGGGCGUGUGGAUUCAUUCACUGAUAGAACCAGCCUCAGCCCAGGGUCCCAAAUCAACGUGCUGGAAGACCCAGGCUACCUAGAUCUCACACAAUUAGAAGAAAGCAAACCUCACAGUGCCCAGUUUUUGCCACCAGUUGAAAUGUUUGGUCCUGGUGCACCAAAGAAAGCCAAUCUUAAUGAGCUAAUGAUGGAGGAAAAAUCAGUUCAAUCAUCACUGCCUGAAUGGAAUGGUGCUGGAGAGUUUCCCGCUUCUUUUAAUUUGGGUUCCACAGGGCAGCAGAUAUACAGAAUGGAGACUUCGUCUCCUGUCUGUUCUGGGUUGGAAAAUGAACAGUUAAAAUCCCUGGGGAAAAGAGUUUCUAGAUUGUAUCAUUCAUACCAUUACCACUCCAAGAGGCGGCAAAAGUUUUAUUCGUUUUUCUCUGCUCAAGAGCCUUCCCACAAAAUAGGCAUUAGCCUGACCUCACUUAUUCGAAGUGGGAAGAAAAACAGGAUGGUAAGAAGUUCUGUCCCAUGGAGGGAAAACAGCUGGAAAGGGUACAAUGAAAUCACAAUGAAGAAGGCCAGAAAGAGUAAUGAUAUUCCAUGCCCAGAUGUCUUCAGGAGCUGUAAAAUAUAAUACUUUUUCAUUACGGUAGGCUAGCUAGCUCUCCCUCAAUUAAAAACACCACUAUCAGAGUAGAAACAAGGUAGACAUUUCUAAAACACAUGUGCUUCAUUAUAAACCCAUGGAUGACUCAAUUCUUAAGUGUAAAUAGAUCUCUAGGAAACUCAAAAUAGUGUUUCAAACUGAAAAAAAAGUAUUGGCGGUUUCACUAGCAAAUUAUACAACUGGUCCCUGUGAUGUGUCUCUAAACCUGCCCUCUGCCCCUACCCCGCCAUCCCUUCACAUCACUAGUGGAAGCUUGAAGUUAUUUCAGUCAGGACGUAUAGUGUCGAAAUCUGGUCUGAUGUGCCUCAUAUCUAUGAAAAAGUCAAUGCAGAAUUUAGUUGGGAAACCUCUCUCAAGAUCUUAGGGUCUAUGAAGGAUCCCUCUCCCCCUUUUUUGGGUAGGUAAAAGACUAAAAGCCAUAUGGGUUUUAACCGGUAACAAUGAAAGUAGAAAGCUAACGUAGAGGUGUCAUAGUCUCAGACUUGUAAGGCAGGAUAUAGUUAAAAUUUACUGGUUUUUUUUUUCCUGUAACAUAAAACUGAACAUCUUUUGAAUUAAAAAUAUUUCCUAGGGCUGUAGUUAUUUGGGAGUUUCAUACCCGUCAUGGUGCUUUUGGUGGAAUUUUUAUUAUUUGUCAUUUUAGAAAACCACUGUUUUAAUCUAUAAUGCUAAUGUGUUUUUCACUGUACCUUCAUCUCAGGAAUAAAACUGGUUUAACAGAGAUGAUGUCAGGUACAAAUAUACAAGAAUCAAAAUGCCAUUUAUAAAAGAAAGUUAAAUAGAAUUUGUAUAUUUUCUACCUUUUUUUUAAAAAGUUCACAGACAGCAUGGGCAUAUACAACUGUAACAUAAAAAGCAGUUCUGGAGAAUUAAAAAUGCUAGUUUGAACUUCUCUAAAAUUGUUUUCCCCAAGGGAAUGAAGUAAUUGGUAUGAAGGAGACUAAAAAUACUACCUAAAGUGAACCCACAGGCCAAGUGCAAAGAAAAUGCAGAUUACCAAAAGCCAGGUCUGUUCAGUUGUAACUGGAAGACAAGCUAGAGUCCUGCUACAGGGAAAUUCAGACUGUACAAACAGGCCAUGUACUUCUCAUUUCAUAUUUAGUUAUAUUUCAGUUUAAAGUCAUGUUUUUUGCUAUUUCUGCCAUUUCAAGCCAGAAGCAUAUCUUCAACUAAAGACAGCAAAUAAACUAUCAUUCAGCAAAGCAGCCUUGAUUCCAAGAAUCACGAAUGUCUCCAUGUCACCCUUCCCUAGCCAACGGUGGCCCAGCCAUGCCAAUGGCCAGGAGUGGCCCUGCUGCACUGAUCACUCAGAGCUGGAUGCACUCACUGCCUAACCAUGUCUUUAUAUGAUCGUACAAUUACCUUCAGUUCCCUGGACAGAGC